AUGCUGGGCACAGGAGGACACAGGGAACUCGAGGAAGAUUCACGAGGAGGUCUCAGGGAGCGAGUUACUGAGGAUCAGGAGCUGCGAGGAGCACGAGGAAAACCAAGACUUUAUUUUUACAGAGUAACCAAUGGAGAGAAAACUACUCUUUCUCAGAGUCUUCAUCAGCUGAUACCCAACAGCUGCAUCAUUUCACAGGACUCCUAUUUUAAGGAUGAUUAUUUUGUACCGGCAGACAGCAACAGCUUCAAGCAAUAUGACACUCUCGAUGCUCUUCACAUGGAUAAGCUGAUGAGUGUGGUCGACUCGUGGCGGACAGAUCCAGCCUUGUUCCUGAGGCAGCGAGACCAGAACAUCAAGUGUUCGUCCAACAAUACAGAAAUAUUUGUUCUGAUAGUGGAAGGUUUCCUUGUAUUCAACUACAGGCCUCUAAAUGAGCUGUUUGACAAAAUAUACUUUCUGGAAAUACCUUAUGUCUGUAAGAGGAGACGAAGUUCCUGGGUUUACAAUCCUCCUGAUCCUCCUGGAUAUUUUGACGGAUACAUUUGGCCAAUGUACCUAAAGAACCAUCAAGAGUUGGAAAGGAUUGCAUCAGAAAUUGCAUUCCUGGAUGGUCUAAGGCCAAAAGAAGAGCUACUAGCUGCUGUGUAUGAAGAUGUUUGUCAGGAGAUAGACAGGCUCCAAGGUGUAACUACUACUUGA